GUCCCAACGCGGUCGCGUGUUUGCUACUUUAACACUACUAAGUACCUAUUUUACAAUCCCAUUUACUUCUCGCCCACCUCGUUACGCAAAGCUAACUUUAGAGAUACUAAAUAAUAUUGAAGAUAUUCGUCAUGGCAAUACUGGAAGAACUUCCCGGUGUGGAAGUCACCGUGGUAGUUGCCGGACGCGAUGCUGUCGAAUAUGACGAUCCUGAUGCAUCGGAACAGCCAGCUGGGGUAGAAAAUUACCCUACUUCGACAAAGUACAUCGAAUGCAUCGACGGUACUAAUUUCAGUAUUAAAUACAAUUUCACUGGAAAUUACGAUUGGAGCUAUCGAAACCACUCCCUUUGUCUACGGCUCAAGGCUGAUGGGACUUAUCUCCGUGGUGUCUUAAUUGGGAAACAUCACUUAGUCGCCAAUCGUAAGGUAUAUGAAGUCCAAGACAGAGUAUUCUAUAACACGGAAACACGGGAAUGGCAAGGCCAGAAAUUCAAGUUUUCCACCGUUACAACUGUUGACGACGUGUCGAAGGAUCGCAUUCGAGGCGACAUGGAGGUUGCUAAGAACCUUGGAACUAUCGUGAUCGAAAUUCAUCGGUGUAAAAUCCUGGAUAACUCUCCUCCCCCUACAAAAGCCGGUAAAGCUUCUGAAUAUGAACUGUCCGAGAAGAGUCUUAAGGGUAAAGCGAUAUCGCAUGGUACAUCCCUUUCACCACCCAACAAAAUCGGUGCUCUGAGAUUCUCUGAGACGGAGUACUUGGAUAAGGCGCCAAUUGCGGUAUUCCAAUUUCACUACAGAUCAAGAGAUGCUCUCAAACGUGAGAUGAUUAUUCCUCGAACUCCAUCUCCUAGCCCAGGCGCAAGACGAGGUAUUGCCCACAUGUCGCGGGCGGAAUUGGAACGGUUGGCUCGAGAGAGACUCGAACAGCUGCAGGGGGGUGGUAACGUGAAAGAAGAGCGUAAGCCUGCCAUCAAGAAAGAAUCGAAACGGAAGGCGGAUGCAAUUAUCGACCUGAGCGACGACAAUCCACGGCCUGCGCCCUCCCCGGUAUUCAUCGAUCUCACAGACGAUUAGGGGGUUUACUUUAGAAAUUGAUAUGGCAUUAAAUUUAUGCUAAUGGAUGGUUAGGCUAGGAAAGCCUUCAUGAAUGGAGUACGGUUUGUUUCUAGAUACUCGGGUACCUGGGUAGGUAAUUAGUAGAACUAGCUUUGUAGAGAUGCAUUAUAAUAAACUUGGGGAGUUUAAAAGUUAUAGUGGGGGAAUUAAGUAGCUGGAUUAGCUGAGCUGGCCUACGUACCUAGUACUCCCUUGCAUCGGUCUAGGUAUAGUGGAUGAACCCCAACCAAUUUUCAGCUCCCC